GCAGAGACGUUUUGACUUAUUUAAACAAAUACGGAGCCAGAAAAAUUAUAUUUUCUUUUAGAGAAUAUACGUUUAUGUAGAUCAAAACAGCCCAACAGUAUAUUAAAUUACCAACCUUAUCAAUUUAAAACACAAUAAUGUUAAUUACCGACAUCAUAUAUAAUAUUAAAACACUGAAAUGGACCGUUUUUGUGAAUUACAUACUUUUAUUUAACUAAAGUUUUGAAUGAUUAUUUAAAAAUGCCAAGCUGUUACAGGCGCGCAAUGUAUCUCGGGAUAGCCAAAGCUGUGAAGGAUACACUCGUUCUACCCUUUAAAACCCGCGGAAAUAAGGUCGUAUUUUGGGGCUGCAUUUGAAGCAACCUUUGAAUCGGGACAGCCUUACCAACCUUCAGUCGCGCUGCUGUGACGCAAUCGGUCUUAAAAUGCAGCCUUCAAAGAACGCAGCCCCCGAAAUGGGACACAGUCACUCUUGUGAUAGACUCGAGCAAUAAGUGCGUCCGCCGGGGUAUGGCCUGUCAAGAAAUAUUGGACUACAUUGAAAUGCCUGACGGUGCAACAACAGCAGUAUCUAAUCUUACGGAUAGUGCAUUUACAGCUUUAAAAUCCUCCCUUGGAUUUCUUCUGCUCGCCGAUAACGUGGAGUGGCUGUCCAGCGGUGCUAGGUGAAACUGGCUGGUGUGUUGGCUUCAGCACACAGACACUGUCGCAUUUCAUGCCGCUUGUCAAUGAACUUGUGUUUACAUAGUCGUUUUACAGAACUCGCUGGUUUUGUCUGAUACAUAAGGGCCAAAAUGAGCGCCGCGGUUUAUGUUUUAUCCACUGUUACCGGAUAUGUGCUCACCUCCGCGUUACUGCUGAAGUGUCCGACUCUGCUUCGUCGGAGAAAGAGAGAGACUUUCCGCAGCAGACACAUCUCACACCGCGGCGGUGCUGGUGAGAACUUGGAGAACACAAUGGCAGCUUUCAGGCAUGCUGUCAAUCUUGGCACUGACAUGUUGGAAUUAGACUGUCAUUUGACCAGAGAUGAGCAGGUGGUUGUACUGCACGAUUCAAACCUGAAGAGGUCGACCGGCAUCAACGCGUACAUCUCUGAUGUGACUUAUGCUGAUCUUCCACCUUACCUUUGUAAGCUCGGGGUGACUUUCAAGCGAGAGUGCUUCUGUGAAGGAGGAGAUGAUGAACGCAUCCCUUUACUAAAAGACGUGUUUGAAUCGUUCCCAAGUACCCCUGUAAACAUCGAUAUCAAGGUCAACAAUGACACACUCAUCAAGAAGGUGUCUGAGCUAGUCAUCCAGUAUGACAGGGAGCAUCUGACUGUUUGGGGAAACUCGAGGAACGAAAUUGUUAAGAAAUGUUACAAAGAGAAUCCACGAAUCCCACUCUUGUUCAGCUUGCCAAGAGUUCUGCUGUUAUUGGGUCUUUUCUACACGGGACUUUUGCCCUUCGUCCCACUCAAAGAGCAGUUCCUGGAGAUUCCUAUGCCUUCCAUUGUCUCAAAACUCAGAGACCCCGAGCGUCAGACCAGAAGUCAGCGUUUCAUAACAUGGCUGGCAGACAUGCUUCUCAUGAGAAAAGCUCUAUUCGAUCAUCUGAAAGGCAGAGGAAUACAGGUGUAUGUUUGGGUGUUAAACGAUGAGGAGGACUUUAAACGUGCCUUUGACCUUGGGGCUACAGGGAUUAUGACAGACUAUCCCACCAAGCUGAAGGAGUUCCUGGAGAAAAACAACUACACUGCCACUCUGAAAUAAGACUUGACGGCUAAAGCGAACACUUUUUUUUCAUCAGAUCUUUGGCUUCAUUGGUUUUGAAUGGACCCAACAUUCUUUGUUUAUGUCAGCGAGUGUGGAAGUAAGGGCAGCUAUUAGUUCGGCAUUUUUCAGCAAUCAAAACCAACACCCUAAAAUUAAAAUCAUUUACUCACCCUCGUCUUGUUCCAUACCUGUAUGACUUUCAGAAGAAACUUUGAGGAAUGUACUUGUCACUCCUUUUCCAUGAAGCUACACUGUAUGGGUACUGUAAUUUUCAGGCUUUAAAAAAACACAAAAGCACCAUAUACAAGUAUGUCGUGAGCAUUUUUGUGCCUCAAAGUCCUCUUUCAUUGAAUUCCAUGAAAAAAACAAAGUUUCUUCUUUUGCAUUGCACAAAAGAAAGUCAUAGAUUUGGAAGUUUCAGUUUUGGAAUUCCUUUAAAGCACAUUGGACAUCAUGAAUAUAGUCUGUAGCCUAAAAAAACAGGAAGCUAAAUGUGUCUGGGGUUAUGAUGAAUUAUAAUGUAAAUCUUGGUAAUGUUACGAGUGUCAUGAUAUUUCUGUGAAGUUUACAAGUGAAUGAUUGUCUGAACUUUCUAAAAAAAAUCGCUUAAAUGACAAGACUGAAGCUACUGAAUUUUUUUCUUGGGGGUAUAUUGUGGAAUUUUUAAGUGACCAAUACUUGAGCAUUUGAACAGUUUUUUUCUUGUUGUUUAUUGCAGAUUUUUUUUACUGUCCAAAGAUAAUGUAUGUGUUGUGACAUCAGGCAAAUGUGAGGUUCUACAUAGUCAAAAACAUCUUGCCAGUCACAAGUUUAGACAUACUUAUUUCUUAUCGAUAUUGACUAAUACUUCAUUUAAAAUUCAGAAUUUCAAAGUUGCUUUCCUAGAUUACAACUCAAUCAACUUCAUUGAUUGAAGGAGUUCCUGUACGCUGACACUUGUUGGGCUGUAGAGUAUGCAAAAUGCAGAAAACUCAGAUAUUCAAAAAUAAUUUGUAUGCAAGCACAAUUUAUAUUAUUUACAUAUAUAAGCACAAGCGUUUAGAUUAAAAUAUAUUUUGUAAGAUCUUAGGAAAUAUAUAUUCAGUUAGGCCUAAGUGUGUCCAAAUUUGUUUCUGGUAGUGUAUAUUUUUAGAAGGAAGGACAUUAGAGUGUUACUGGGUCACAAACAAAAACGCAACCUGGUGGGUGGGCAACUUGGAUGAUGGAUAAAAUGUUCAGAUGUUUUUAAAGUAAUCGAAGGUUUUACUAUCAAAAAGAAAAGUGGUAUAUGACAGAUCAGGGUUGACUCGUCACAAAACCUCUGUAGAAUGCUGGACACAUUUAAAAAUGACAUAAAAGUAACUCAUUCUUCAAUGGUUAUUUAAGUGGAUUUUUCUGUUUUGUGAAAAUGGACAUACCGUAUCUCUGUUGCCUUUUUGUGCUGUGAUUUUUUUGUGUUAUUCAUUUUCAUCACUUCUUUUUACACAAAAUUAGCAUUAGUUUGUGUAUAAACCCAGUGUAUUCUUUCUAAUGUUUAAUUGUUGUACUGUAAUUCCGUUAUGACAAAAGUUACUUGGUUUGCCUCUGAAUGUCAGCAGCACAGUUCCGUUUGAAUUUGUGAAUAUACUGCAAUGAAAUAAAUUUUACAGUGAA